CCGUGCCCAGCCUAGUUCCAACUAGGUUCGGCCCAUCGGUGAUCCCCGCCCUCCGAACGGAUUUCAUUUGUCACCCGUUCGUCGGGAUGUUGGACGACGUCACUACACAGCAGUUCGCUCCUAUUAUUGCACCUAGAUUCUGCACAUGUACAUUUUGCAUGUGCGAAUGAGCGCUUUAUAUCCCAAUCUUGAAUGUAUAUACAGGUUUUCUCGUUUCUCAAACUUGUUUUUAUCCGUGGUGUAACAAAUGUCAUGGCGUCUGGCCUUUUAUUACUCUUAUUUUACCGUGAGCGACUUCUUGUUCUAAUAAAAUAUUGAUGUAUUUUACCCGUCCAUUCUUACGAUCGUUGAGACAUCAAUACCUUAAACACGUAGCGUUUUCUACCACGUCUAAGAUGCCGGCCAGUACCAAAUCCAAGUUCUCGCACCUCCCGCUGAGCACGAGCGGUCCGAUAGAAUGCGCUGUAUCUGGAACAGUCUUAUUGAAUACACCAUAUUUCAACCGUGGCUCAGCACACUCGGCUGAAGAGAGGCGCGAGUUCAAUCUCACUGGCUUAUUGCCUACCAGCGUUCAAACCCUCGAACAGCAAGUAGAGCGCGCAUACCAGCAGUACAUCUCCAGACAAGAUGACCUGGCCAAGAACACGUUCCUGACAUCAUUAAAGGAGCAGAACCUAGUCUUGUAUUUCAAGCUUAUACAAGACCACUUGAAGGAGAUGUUCAGUGUUAUAUACACACCAACAGAAGGUGAUGCAAUUCAGAACUUCUCCCGCCUAUUCCGACGACCCGAGGGUUGUUUUCUGAACAUCAACGAUAUUGACAGGGUUUCACAUGACUUGGCUCAAUGGGGAAACCCCGAAGAUAUCGAUUACAUUGUCGUCACAGAUGGCGAGGAGAUCCUUGGCAUAGGAGACCAAGGCGUAGGCGGGAUUCUUAUCUCGGUUGCGAAGCUCGUACUCACUACUCUCUGCGCUGGUAUUCAUCCCAACCGGACCUUGCCCGUCGUGUUAGAUUGCGGGACAGACAAUGAGAGUCUUCUUAAUGAUGAUUUAUACCUCGGUCUCCGCCAGAAGCGGGAACGAGGGGAGAAGUACGAUAAGCUCGUUGAUGAAUUUGUUCAAUCCGCUCGCGAACUGUUUCCUCGUGCUUAUAUCCACUUUGAAGACUUUGGCUUGGCGAAUGCUCGUCGUAUUUUGGACCAUUAUAGGCCGGAAAUUCCUUGCUUCAACGACGAUGUCCAAGGCACCGGGUGUGUGACCCUGGCUGCCAUCAUGGCCGGACUGCAUGUCAGCAAGCAAAAACUUCGGGAUACCAAGAUGGUCAUCUUUGGCGCAGGAACUGCUGGCGUGGGUAUUGCUGAUCAAGUCCGAGAUGCCAUUGCUGCCGAGAAGGGGAUUAGCAAGGAGGAGGCUGCAAAACAAAUCUGGCUAAUUGACAAGCCCGGCCUCCUCACGACUAAAACCGAGGUCGACCACGGUCAACGGGCCUACACCAAAGAUGCAUCCGAAUGGGAUGGCAAGGAGACGUCUCUAGUAUCCGUCAUCAAAGAAAUCCAUCCCAACGUCCUCGUCGGGACAUCCACCGUCCCCAAGUCCUUCACCGAAGAAGUCAUCAAAGAAAUGGCCAAAGGAGCCGACCGCCCCGUCAUCCUCCCCCUAUCCAACCCCACUAGACUCCACGAAGCCGUCCCCGAGGAUAUCCUCAAAUGGACCGACGGCAAGGCCCUAGUAGCCACCGGCUCGCCUUUCGAACCCGUGAAAGGCCCCUGGGGCAAAGACGGCGCGCAAGUCGAAAUCGAAGUGGCAGAGUGCAACAACUCGGUCGUAUUCCCCGGCAUCGGCCUCGGCGCCGUGCUCUCCCGCGCGUCCAAAGUCACGGAUAAAAUGCUCGUCGCGGCCGUCCACGGCGUCGCGGAUCUAAGUCCCGCGCUGAAAGACGACACUGCGCCCUUGUUGCCGGGGGUCGAGGACGUGCGGGCCGUGAGCGUGCGCGUUGCGAGGGAGGUUAUUCUUGCGGCGGUGGAGGAUGGCGUUGCGGGGGAGAAGGGGAUACCGACGGAGAAAGGGGAACUGGAUGAGUGGAUUGGGGAGCAGAUGUGGGAUCCGGUGUAUCGCCCACUAAAGCGCGUUGAGCCGGAAGGCGCUAGUAGGGCGGCGAAGGCGGAGUUGAAGGUUGUAGGGAGUUUGGAGAAGGUUGAGGAUAGGGUUGCUAGGGAGUGAGCUAUAUAGGUAGUAUUCUUGCUCGUGGGUUUGGAGGGGUUAGGAUGACGAUGAAGCGGAUAUGGGGUUGUUGCAAAGAUAUUAUAUAAGGAUUGUGAGGUAGAUCAACUGGUGCAGUUAUAUAUACCUUGAGGCCUAUGAAUAGAUGCUACUGCUAGCAUAUCAGAAUAAGUUUGACUCAA